AUCGGUGGAGAGAGAGAGAGAGAGAGAGAGAGAGAGAGAGAGAGAGAGAGAAAGAGACUCAAAAUUCCUGCUUUCUCUCCUAACAAGAGACUAGCAUCCCCGGAGCAGGAGGAGAAAGGAAAAAAAGGCCAUGUCGCUUCGACGGACGGCCUCGUCGACGCCUGAGCGCGAGAGCACGACUACGGCAGUCGCCGGCGCCGACAGCAGCGAGCGGACGCCGCUGCUGUCGGAGCAGGUGAGGCAGGCCGGGCCCUCGUCGUCAUCAUCGCCAUUAGCAGCGACAACAGCAGCAGACUCGUCAAGAAGACAUCGAUCAAGAGAACAUUGCCAGCGGAGAGCGACGAAGCCGCUGCUUCCCAAAGCCAUUGUGCGCGGCCUGGGUGUGCUCCUCGCCCUCCUCGUCAUCGCUCUGUUUGCAGCCAUUGUCGUGCAAGAGAUCAAGGACAGGAGAGAUCCGCGUUUUGGCAAAGGCAGAAACUACCCCGCCGUCCUCGCCCAUGGCACCCACGGUGCCGUCGCGGCAGAGAGCCACCGGUGCAGCCAGAUUGGCGUCGAUGUCUUGAAACAGAACGGCACAGCAGUCGAUGCGGCCAUUGCGGCCACGUUCUGCACGGGUGUCGUCAACAUGUUUUCGUCAGGCCUCGGUGGCGGCGGCUUCAUGACUGUGCGCGUGCCGAGAAAGUGCACCGAGGCGGAGAAGAGGAGGAAUAAGCAGAAGAGGUACUGCAGCGACAAGCACGUCAUCGACUUCCGCGAGACGGCUCCAGCGGCGUCGCACUCCAGGAUGUUCGAGGGCGAUCCCAUGGCGGCGCGAAUCGGAGGCCUCUCGGUCGGCGUGCCGGGCGAGCUGCUGGGCAUCGAAGAGGCGCACCGGCGAUGGGGAAAGCUCAGCUGGAGCAGGCUCGUGGAGCCCAGCAUCAAGCUGGCCGAGUCGACAUAUGUGUCCAGGGAACUUGAUAGGAGACUAAAGAUGUUUGGAACAUUUAUGCUCACCGAUCCCGACUGGGCGCCGACGUUUGUCAAUGCCGACACGGGCACCCUCCUGCGCGCAGGCGACACAAUCAGACGGCCAGGCCUCGCCAACCUACUGCGGGCUGUUGCCUCGCAAGGGUCAAAGGCCCUUUACGAGGGGCCAUUUGCCAAAUCCAUCGUCGACAAGGUGCAGGAAAAGGGCGGCAUCCUGACGCUCGAAGACUUGGCCUCGUACAAGAUUCGCGUUCUGGAGCCCGUCGAGGGGACGUGGUACAACCGGAGCAUCUUUACCACGCCCGCGCCCACCUCUGGUCCCGUGCUCAUCUCGCUGCUCAAGGUCCUCUCCACCUACCCAGACUGGAAUGAGCCUGGCUCGUACAUGUCUGGCCUCACUGCCCAUCGCUUCAUCGAGGCGAUGAAGUUUACGUCUGGCCAGAGGACCCACAUCGGAGACCCGGCCUUCCUCAACAAGAGCGCCCUCGAUGCCAUCGACGAGCUCGCGUCCGAGCCUGCCGUCAACCACAUGCGGAGCAAGAUCGACGACGAGCGGACCCAUGAUGAAAUCGACUACUACGAGCCCUUGUUUGAUGUCCGCGACAGCCACGGGACCAUGCAUCUCUCGACUGUCGACGAGUCGGGGAUGGCUGUGGCGCUGACGAGCACCGUCAACCUCAUCUUUGGCUCACAGGUCUUGGAUCCUGUCUCUGGCGUCAUCCUCAACGACGAGAUGGACGACAGUUCGACGCCGGGUGUGCCAAACGCCUUUGGCCUCUUUCCUUCGCCGUUCAACUACCCCGAGCCGGGCAAGCGGCCGCUCAGUUCGACAGCGCCGGCAAUCAUCGAGCACGCCGAUGGCUCCUUCUACCUCGCCAUCGGCGGCGCUGGAGGCUCGCGCAUCUACGGCUCCAUCGCCCAGGUGCUCCUCAACCUCGACUGGGGUUACACGCUCUCAGAUGCCAUUGAGCGGCCGAGAAUACACCACCAGCUCCUGCCGCACCAAGUCAGUGCCGAGACGACGACGGAGCCGAGCCGCCUGGACGGGCUCACGGACCGUGGCCACGAGCUCGAGGUGCUGGACAUCAACCUGGCUGUCGCAGAGGUGCAGGCAGUCAUGUGCCUCGCAGACGGAGGCCCACUCCAGGGUAGAAGGAGACGAGACGUGUGGGCGGCGAGCGACUCGAGAAAAGAGGGCGUCGCUGUUGCCUACUGAAUUCUUUCCCUCCUCUGCUACCCUUUCCCCCACUUCUCUAGCAUGCUUCACUUCCUUUCAUAGAAAUUGCCACCACUGGACUAUAAUACACACUGCAAGCGUGGAAUGCCAAGGUCAUCUGAUUG